CGCCAUCGACCAUCACCAUUGGGUACAGUCCUAAGUAGUAGACAGACUGGUCGUUCUUUUAGGACUUUGAUUACUCAUCAGACGGGCUCCAGUCAUCGAUCUCACUCUCACUACGCUCCCCUUGUCCGCCCCAACCUCAACCUUGCUGUCCCCCAGAUCCACUCUCUUUUCUCUCGUCAACGUUGGUUCCGUGUCCUUGGGCCCGAAACCUUUACAUUAGCCAUUUCGCAAAAAUUCUAUCCUUCCAGACUCUUGAAUCCUCGUCAUGUCUUGUUGAGACCACUACACAACCUCCCUCCUUCUGGCAACUGCGACCCGCUAAUUCGUACCUGCCCUUCUGACAGUCAUGUCUGCCACUUCAGGCAAUGGCGGAGUGAGAAAUCUUCGGGCCAUGUUCGAAAACAAGGCCGGCGACCAGUCCACCUCACCACCAAGCCGCGGCCGAUCUCCAAACCCUUCUGAACUCUCCAACAACAGUAGACCCGUCAGCAAAGUCCGAGCCAGUUUCGUCGCCGUCGAACGCCCAGGCGAGAACGGCUCCGCUCCCAUCCUAGGUCUGAGAAGGGCCAGUGAAGUCAGCAGUCUGGGUGGGAUACAUGAAAAUAUGGUCACGGAAGGUAGUGACCUGGACAAGAAGCCCAUCACACGAGUUGGAUCAGGGCCUGGAAGUGAUGCCGCCCAAGUAACCAAGAAGGCCCCAUCAAGCAAUGGAACCAACGGCGACGGGCUGGGAAAGAUACUUAAAGGCUCUGCUUUCGAGUCAAACACUCCCUCAAAACCUCCGAGAAUCUCCCCACAAGUUGAGAAACAAGACGGCAGUUUCUCAUCUCCACGGACCCUGCAGAAGGUGCCCAAAUCACCUGCCAAAGACAAAGACACUUCCAAGGCGGCCGAGAUGGUCAAGAAAAUGAAACCCGUCGAGGGCACAAAGCCAGGGCCUGCCCCAACCACUCAUCUGCAAACCACUAAGAGCGCACUGCCGGUCAAGUCUCUCCCUACGAGAAUUGCCACCAAACCGGACCCCAAAUCUCCGACCUUGUCGAAGCCGUCCCCCAAGACACCCACAUCGGCAGGAGUGGCAAAUAUCAAAGGUGGCCCGGCAAAAAUCAAGGGAGUCAUGGAUUCGGCAAGACAAGCACAACAAGCAAGAGCUGAGAAGCAAGCGUCAGACAAGCCAUCAGAAAAGGCGAAGACGGCACCGAAGAUAGAGACCAAAGUAGCGUCCAAGUCGACGGAGACUCCCCGUGCAGGCCAGAAGGCUCCUUCUUCGCCUCAUUCCACAAGGUCAGCGAUCUCAAGUGGCCCCAAGUCUCCCCUUCGACCAGUGAGACUUCCAUCUGCAGCCACCGCAACGACUGCGUCUGCUGCCGCCAAAGACAGUCACCACCCCUCCCGCCCCGAAACGGAGACUCGAAAGUCGGUCGCAAGAAGAGCAUCAACACUCUCGGUUAGACCACCUCGAGUCAGUACGUCGUCCGUGGCUACUCUGAAUAAGAAAUCCUCGAGGGCAUCGUUGGCGAAUGGACAUGAAAAACAUGAACGACCAGUCUCACGGGUCAGCACAAGCACGGCUAGGGCAGAUGAAGGAUUUCUGGCAAGGAUGAUGAGACCAACAACAAGCAGUGCACAGAAAACGCAUGACAAAAUUCAAGUGAAUAGCCCCCCGCGCCUGAGAACAUCUACUUCUCACCGACCCAGAGAGGGAUCCGCGACUAAGAAGCCUCCUCCGAAGAUGCAACAGCUCAAGAGCCAGCCUCCACCAGCAGUGCCAAAACAGGACCACAGCCAGCAUGCUGACCCAGUGGAAGUCGCGGAUGAACAAGUUCCUGAACCGACUCAGCCUGAAAUCACGCAACAAGCAAGUGAGAGCGUGACAGUGCCUCCACCAGCGGCAGAUGUUCCUGUGCCGGCCGUCGACAAAGAAGAGGAGACUCAGCCAGAGGCAGAUGUCCCUCAGAUGACUGUCGACAAAGAACAGGAGGUUCAGCCAGAGAACUCGAGCGAGGAACCAGCACCCAUCAAUGGUAAUCUGGUGCUAGUGGAGCAGGAAGGAUAGCAUUUUCCACUUGGUGACAUUUCAUUCGGUACCAGUUGAACCAUGAUCAGUUAUAGCGAUUUAGCGAUUAGCCAUUCGAAGAUAAUAUUCUUGCACAAGCCCAUCGAAUGCCAAUUUUUUCGAACAA